AUGGUGGACCAAGGCAAAGAGAAACCGCUUUCAGCGUGGUCGGAGACCGUCUCCGCCAGUGUCCGAGCCGCGUUGGAUGGCCGUGACAUCCUUCACUUCCCCGGGUCGUCGGAAUUCGCCGACAGCGAGUCGGCCUACUUCACAGCCGCAGCCGCGGAGGUCCGUUCCGCCGCCGUUGCCCGGCCCACCUCCACAGCCGAUGUUUCGGCGCUAUUGAAGGCGCUCCGCCAAACCCUACCUGCAGACGUGCCCAUCGCCGUCCGUGGUGCCGGACAUGCCACGUAUGGCGGCACGGCCAAGGCCGCUUCCGGGUUGACAAUCGAUAUGCGUGGGCUCCGAGGAGUUGAUGUCCGUCCCGGUGAAAAAACCGUUCGAAUUGGGGCUGGAGAGCAUUGGGGGUCUGUUUAUGCUGCACUCGAAGCGCACAAACCGUCACUUACCACAGUGGGUGGCCGCAUGCCCGGAGUCGGCGCCAUCGGGUUCCUGCUCGGCGGCGGUCUCUCGAGUCUCUCCUCACGUUACGGCUUCGGAGCGGACGUGGUGUCUGUGUGGGAGGUUGUCCUAGCAUCAGGAGAAGUGGUGCGCGCAGCCCGCGACGACGAGCGCACAGCAGACCUGUGGGACGUCCUGCGCGGCGGAUCGACCAACUUCGGCAUCGUCACAGCCGUGGAGAUAGCCUGUUUCCCGCACCCAGCGGUAUUCCGCGGCGCAAAUGUCUUCUACCUGCCCAUGGCACGACAGGCCAGCUUGAAGGCGCUGGUCGAUGUGGGCUCGGAGCCGUUUCCCGAGGACGGCAGGCCGAUCAACCAUGCCAUGUGGUGCAUCACGCACAUUUUCGGCAUGAAGUUCAUCAAUGCGCUCUUGACCACCACAGGCACCGCGAAGGAAGUGGACAUGCGUGACUUUGUGGGCGUCUGGGGCCGGCUUCCCCUGACUGGAAGCCUGAAGGCCAGUUCGCACGGCAAGUUCAUCGAGGAGCAGGGAAAGCUCGCCCCCAAAAAUGGCAAGAGGACGCUUGACAAAACCAUCACGGUAAAGAUGGAUUUCGACCUGCUCAACGCCAUGGUAGACCUCUGGUAUACCUCCGUCGACACAAUGCGCCAAAGGGUGUCGGGGCUGAUGUACACGCUCGUCUUUCAACCACUCUCCGUGGGCAUGCUGGAGGCAUCAUGUCGGACGGCUCCAUCGCGACCCGCAUCCACUACUUCUCAGGGUCUGGAUCCCAAGGAGGGAGCAUUAGUCGUGGUUGAGAUCUGCAUGACCUGGAAGAACGCUGAGGACGACGAGUUCAUGGCCAAGGAGGGAUCCAAGUACCUGGAAGAUUCUGUCGCGCUGGCAAUACAGAUGGGCCUGAAUCACCGUUUCAUCUUCCCCAAUUAUGCCUGGCCUACGGAGGCGGUCAUGAGGGGAUAUGGUGAGGAUCGUCUCGCCGUCUUACGGGAUGUAGCGAAGAAGUGGGAUCCGAGCGGCUUUUUCCAGGGCCAAUUCGUAGGUGGUUUCAAGACCGGGAGAUAG